ACACUAACACUGCAGUGAUCGUAUUAAUCAGCUAGCCACAAGGUACCCAAAUAGCCUCAGGCUAUAAAUUUCAAUACCCCUCUCGCCAAUUGAUCUGUUUUAAUUUGUACUUCCACUUCCACAUUGCAUCUGGUGUGUUUUUUCUUCUACUAUAGCUAUCUUUCAUUCUCUCUCUAGCUACACACAACCUCUGUAUAUUCUCCGCGCGCGCUUUCGAUCGAUGCUAUUAUAGUGUUCCCUACCUACCUUAUGGCUCCUCUCUUCAUCUCAAUGCAAAUGCUUCUUCUGGUUUUCACUUGCAUAUUAUUGCAUGUCACAUGCACAACUUACCACGACAGCACCCCCAAAACAGUGCCUUCUACAAACUCCUCUAAGUGGGUGGGGCCCAUCGGACACCGAGUAAUCACCGUUGACGUUAACGGCGGAGCCCAUUUCCGCUCAGUCAAAGCCGCCGUCAAUGCUGUCCCGGAGAACAACAGAAUGAACGUCCUUAUUCAAAUAAGCGCCGGAUAUUACAUAGAGAAGGUGGUAGUGCCCGUGACGAAGCCGUACAUUACGUUUCAAGGUGCGGGAAGGGAUGUGACGGUGAUAGAAUGGCAUGAUAGGGCUAGUGACCCUGGUCCCAACGGCCAACAACUGCGUACUUACAGAACUGCUUCUGUUACUGUUUUUGCCAAUUAUUUCUCUGCCAGGAAUAUCAGCUUCAAGAACACAGCACCGGCACCCAUGCCGGGAAUGGAGGGGUGGCAAGCGGCGGCGUUUCGCAUAUCCGGAGACAAAGCCUAUUUCUCCGGCUGUGGAUUCUACGGUGCACAAGACACUCUUUGCGACGACGCUGGCCGCCAUUAUUUCAAAGAAUGUUACAUCGAGGGCUCCAUAGAUUUCAUCUUUGGCAAUGGCAGGUCCAUGUACAAGGAUUGCAGGCUACACUCAAUUGCGACGAGGUUUGGGUCAAUAGCAGCCCAAGACAGGCAAUUCCCAUACGAGAAGACGGGCUUCUCAUUCGUACGGUGCAAGGUGACAGGAACAGGCCCAAUUUACGUGGGCCGUGCAAUGGGCCAGUACUCCAGGAUUGUCUAUGCCUACACUUACUUUGACGGCAUAGUUGCACAUGGUGGUUGGGAUGAUAUUGAUUGGAACACUUCCAACAAUAACAAGACUGUGUUCUUUGGAGUGUACAAAUGCUGGGGACCAGGAGCAGCGGCUAUACGUGGAGUCCCAUUGGCCCAAGAGCUAGAUUUCGAAUCUGCACAUCCAUUCCUUGUCAAGAGUUUUGUCAAUGGAAGACACUGGAUUGCACCCUCUGAUGCUUAGUUAACUGAUAAUAUUCCAAUCAACCAAAGAAAAAAAAAAAAACUCCAUAGGAAAUUGCACAGUUACAGUCUAUCCAAUACUAUUGAUGUCAUUAUCUCCUUUUUUUCUGGGUUUAACCAUAGGAAAUUCAUUCAUUCAAUAUUUAAUAAGAGAUAUUUCUUCUUGUUAGGUAACUGACAAAUAUACUCGAUGGCCUGGAUUUUAUAUUGAUUAUUCUUUUUUAUUUUU